UGCUAACUUUAUGCAGUUAAAGAAGAGUCUUGUCUCACGAUUGGACACAUUAAAGAGAUCGUCAAGUGAAAGUCACGUGACAUCGUACCCGUCACCUGUUCACACCUUGUUUGAUAAAGACAUAGUUACCAUGGGAACGGACCAACUAUCGUGCCUACUACAGAAUAUCAUGGCGUCUCCUAGUGUCUUUGGGUGGAAAGGAGCUAAUACUGGUCGAGAGAAGUGUUCUACAGGUGCCUACUCCUGGUGCUACACCUUAUUCCUCUGUCUCUACUCACUACACAGUGUUAUAACUAUUAAUUAA